AUGGCUCCUAUUUCGCUUUCGGAGUCUGCCAAAACCCAGUCGCCGUCGUCGUACCUCUACACAACCGUGGCCAGCUCCCAUUUGGGAGAGACAUCGGCCAUCGUGAUCUCAUCGUUGAUCUCGUACGGCAGAAGCACCGCCAGAAUAUUGGCUACAAACACUGGGCUUACGUUGAAGCAGGUCAGAACUGUGUUGGUUUCGUUGGUUCAGCUUAAUUGUGUGUUUUUCUGGACCGAGGGCAAGGAGGUGUACUAUACUUUUGAUGAUAGAGGAAUCCAGAAGUUGUUGUAUGCUGGAGACAUUGUGACACAUAUCAGGACGGUUUACGGUGACGAGUCUGCCCAGAUUAUCCAGAAUGUGCUUGAAAACGGCAGCAUCAAUGUUAAGGAGUACUUAUCUUCGUUUUCUGAAGAGAUCAAGUAUGAGACUACUGCCAAGUUGCUUAAAUUAUACAAUGAUGGCUGGUUGCACAGGCUACAGCCUUAUAACUACUACCCUCUAGAAGAUGUGUGGAACAUGCUUUUCCAGGAGACAUUGAAGGCUACACCUCGUUCGGCUACCACCAGUGAAAUCAAGAGAGUGGCUGAAGCCAAGGCCAAGACCAAGAUCAAGUUGAAUGACUACCUCUCCAGGGGCACUGAUCCUAAGGAUGUGUUUACGGUUGAAGCUGGAAUGCAGAAAUUUGGUCCCCUGGUCACCGUUACUCUUAAUCUUCAGAGGUACGAAAAGUACUUACGUACUAAGGCUUUGACAGAUUUGGCCAACUCCAGGUUUGGUCUUCUCACCAGCAAAGUCUACGAGGCGUGCUGCUCUUUGGUCGAGCAGAACUCGCCCGAUUUGCAUCACACCUAUCUUCAGAUUUCUGGGUUAAUUAAUGAUCCAGAGGAAGAAAGGGCGUACCUUAGCAGCAUAGAAAACGGACUCAUCGAUUCCAAGAGAACUGUUUUCAACCUUCGUGAUGUGCCGAGGGCUCUUUCAGAAAACAUCGACUUGCGUAAUUCCAUCUUGACACAGAACUUCCUCAAACCAGCUAAAAGGGUCCACAUCAACGGCUCGGCAUCUGAAUCCACAACAAAGAAAAUUAAGCUUGAAGACGGAUCUGCACAGGUUGUUUCGGUAGACAAUGACGACGAAGAAGAAGACGAGGGGGACUACGAAGCAGACAAUUCCAGCGCCAAAUCGCUUUCUCUCAUUGCCGAACAUGCCAGGCUACUAACGUCGUCUGCCACUCCAUUCUUAUUGGAAGUGUCGCCUGGUUCCUACACCAUCCCAUACAUGCUGCUCCACAAGCAUGUCAAACAGCAUCAUCUCAGCACGCUUGUGAAAACAACGUUGGGCCCCAAUGCCUUGAGAGUUCUCCGAUGCAUCAUGCUGAUGAAGUUGGUGGACGAAAAAGCGAUCCUGAACUCUGUGCUACUCAAAGAGAAAACGGUGAAAAAUGAGCUCUACAAACUCACAACAAUGAACCUCCUAGAGAUCCAGGAAGUGCCCCGCUCUGCCGAUCGUGCUGCGCUGAAGACGUUUUAUUUAUUCCGUCACAAGGCAGUACUGGCGUAUCGGUCCAUCAGCGAUGCGUUGGUUUAUGACAUGGCUGAGAUCUUGACUAAUGUAGCACAGGUUAAACUGGAUAACAAGAUCUUGCUUGAAAAAUGCGAUAGAGAAGACGUCAAGGGCCAUGAAGAAGAGCUUUUGCUUGAAAGUGAAUUAAAGAUGCUUCGUUCGCUUCAACAAAGAGAGUUGAGUAACGUUGGACGACUCAACCGAGUCAUGUGGCUCUACAUUGUGUUUGGGGUGCUCUAA